CUUGUUUUCAUGAAUGUAUAGAAAUGUCAUCUUGGACAGGAAGAGAUUAUAGAAUAUUUUAGUGUGUGUUGCACUAUAUUGCAUUGGAAAAUGGUUUGCCUUAGCUCAAGUAAAAAAUGAGUGGAGUGAUUUUAAUUAGCUGGGAAAUCGUUUUCAAGCGGCUUCAUGUAAGGAUUACAGGCGGAACUGCGCUCCAUCCGGGCCGAGCCCGCAUGCCCUCGGACCGCGGCUGGGAGGAGGCUCUGGUGUCAAUUCUAGUGUGUGUGAUAAAGGGGGGCUGAGGGGGGCGGGGGUGCGAAACUACUGUUGGAGGUAUCGGACAAGGCUGUCAAAUAAAACAUGCGAGUCACCCGAGGCGGGGGCUAUUUAAUAUCCUUGUUUUCCGUGACGAACCCCCUCCCCCCAGGUAAUGCACUCGAGAGAGGCAAAAGCUGCCCAGCAAGAGGCCGGCAGUGCAGCCUGUGCCCCCUUUGACAGAUCCAUAUUUCCCCUUGUGCUGGCACAGUCCGGACCGGACACUGGGCCGGUGAGCCCGGGGCUGCGCAGCGGGGGGGUCGCGCCCUGCCGCCCGGUGGCGCACCUCGGACCCUCGGCUGGGCGAAGCCGUGCGGGCAGGGUGUUUCGAGAGGCAGGCGGACCGGGUUGCGAGCGGACUCUCCUAACUUAUAGGAUCACCGGGGCAAACGCACAACGCCUGAACAGGCCUUUCUUUUUCUUUACUUUUCCUAGAGAUGCCAAGACGCGCCGUCAGCCUGUGGCCACCCUCUGGGUGCCGCUUGAGCCCCUGCUAAGCGCAGAUCCGAUCCAUUGCCCAAAUUAACCUUUACGUUUUUUUAAAUAAAAAUAAAUAUAGGCGGGCCCUGUGGGUGGGAAACCCUGAGUGACGCGGGCGGCGGCCAAUCGCCUGUUGGAGAGUUCCGUUUCCUGGCGUGUAAUCUCGAAGCUCCCCCAUGAGAGACGUGUAAACCGAACUUGACGCUGUCGCGCUGCCCCCUGACGGACGCGGCUCCGGGCCAAUCCCGUCCCGACGUCGCCGGGCUCUCGCCGAUCCUAUUGGCGAAAGGCUUGAAGAGGGGGCGGAGUGUUACCGGAACGCUACACAGUCGGUUAGGUUGUAAGAAAGUUAAUGGCUGGGGGGGAAAGGGAUUCUCUUCUCUUCUCGCUUCAGGAGAGUUUCGGGAUUUUCUGAAGUAAAAAUACCAUAAUUUAUAAACAAAUAUAGCCCCGAAGGAAGUUAAGAACCGUAUUAAGUUUGUUAAACUACAUAUUACAUAGGGAAGUAUGCAGGAUGCAGUAGCCGGGACGGCAAUGCUGACGGACGGCUUCGAGGACGAGAUUGACUCGGUGACUCCGCGCUCCCCCGCGGUAGGGAUGGGGGUCGGAGCGGCACCAGGAGCCGGGCUCGGUGGCCUAGGGAUCGGUGUCGGCGGAAAGAAGGUCCGCCUGUUCGGCGAGCCGGGCGGGCCCGCCGCAGACCGGCUGGACUUCAAGCUCGCUGCGGCCGCAGUGCUCUCCUCCGGGCCGGGCUCCGGUAGCGACGAGGACGAGGUCUCCGAGGUGGAGUCUUUCAUUUUGGACCAGGAGGAUCUGGACAACCCCAUGCUUAAAACGGCGUCUGAGCUGCUCCUGUCGAGUGCAGCGGACGGGGCAGACUUGCGGACGGUGGACCCAGAAACACAGGCCAGACUGGAGGCACUGCUGGAGGCCGCAGGGAUUGGUAAAUUGUCGACUGCCGAUGGUAAAGCCUUCGCAGAUCCCGAGGUGCUGCGCCGACUGACCUCCUCUGUGAGCUGUGCGCUGGACGAGGCUGCGGCCGCCCUCACCCGCAUGCGAGCCGAGAACACGCUCAACGCCGGCCAAGCGGACAACCGUAGCUUGGCGGAGGCCUGUUCAGACGGGGACGUCAAUGCUGUCCGUAAGCUCCUGGAUGAAGGAAGAAGCGUGAACGAGCACACAGAAGAAGGCGAGAGUCUCCUGUGCUUGGCCUGCUCGGCUGGCUACUAUGAACUUGCCCAAGUGUUGCUUGCCAUGCAUGCGAAUGUUGAGGAUCGAGGGAUCAAGGGUGACAUCACCCCUCUGAUGGCAGCAGCGAGUGGAGGCUAUGUGGACAUUGUCAAGCUGCUGCUGGUGCACGGGGCUGACGUCAAUGCCCAGUCUUCAACAGGCAACACGGCCUUGACGUACGCCUGCGCGGGGGGCUUCGUGGAUGUCGUGAAGGUGCUGCUGAAGGAGGGCGCGAAUAUCGAAGACCACAACGAGAACGGCCACACGCCUCUCAUGGAGGCGGCCAGCGCAGGCCAUGUGGAGGUGGCCCGGGUGCUCCUGGAGUAUGGGGCUGGCAUCAACACGCACUCCAACGAGUUCAAAGAGAGCGCGUUGACGCUGGCGUGCUACAAAGGACAUUUAGACAUGGUGAGGUUUUUGCUGGAAGCAGGAGCUGACCAGGAGCACAAGACAGAUGAGAUGCACACGGCACUAAUGGAAGCCUGCAUGGACGGCCAUGUGGAGGUGGCGCGGCUGCUGUUGGACAGCGGGGCCCAGGUGAACAUGCCUGCCGACUCCUUCGAGUCUCCCCUGACGUUGGCGGCCUGCGGGGGCCACGUGGAGCUGGCGGCGCUGCUCAUCGAGCGAGGGGCCAACCUGGAGGAGGUCAACGAUGAGGGGUACACGCCGCUGAUGGAGGCGGCGCGGGAGGGCCAUGAGGAGAUGGUGGCCCUGCUGUUGGCACAGGGAGCCAAUAUCAACGCGCAGACAGAGGAGACUCAGGAGACGGCUCUCACACUGGCGUGCUGCGGAGGCUUCCUGGAGGUGGCCGACUUCCUGAUCAAGGCCGGAGCGGAUAUUGAGCUGGGCUGCUCCACGCCCCUCAUGGAGGCGGCCCAGGAGGGCCACCUGGAGCUGGUCAAGUACCUCCUGGCAGCAGGUGCAAAUGUUCAUGCCACCACAGCAACCGGGGACACUGCGCUGACGUACGCCUGCGAGAAUGGUCACACGGAUGUCGCAGACGUGCUUCUCCAGGCUGGGGCUGACCUGGAACACGAAUCGGAGGGAGGGAGAACACCCCUGAUGAAGGCUGCAAGAGCAGGCCACUUGUGUACUGUACAGUUCUUAAUCAGUAAAGGUGCUAAUGUGAACAGAGCCACAGCUAACAAUGACCACACUGUGGUGUCCCUGGCCUGCGCGGGAGGACACCUGGCCGUGGUGGAGCUGCUCCUGGCUCACGGGGCCGACCCGACACACAGGCUGAAGGAUGGAUCAACCAUGCUCAUUGAAGCUGCUAAAGGGGGCCACACGAACGUUGUGUCCUACCUGCUAGACUACCCAAACAAUAUCCUCUCAGUUCCUGCACCUGACCUGUCCCAGCUCACUCCUCCCUCUCAUGACCAGUCUCAGGUUCCUCGUGUUCCAUUCCAGGCCCUGGCGAUGGUGGUUCCCCCCCAGGAGCCGGACCGAGUUCCUUCCAACAUCGCUGCCCCGCCGCCCGUCGCAAACAAAGGUGCAUCCAAGCAAAGGUCAAGCCCCCUGCAGGUCACUGCGGAGCAAGACCUCCUGCCACCUUUCCACCCCUACCAGCCCCUGGAGUGCAUCGUGGAGGAGACCGAGGGCAAGCUGAACGAGCUGGGCCAGCGGAUCAGCGCCAUCGAGAAGGCUCAGCUGCAGUCGCUGGAGCUCAUCCAGGGCGAGCCUCUCACCAAAGACAAGAUCGAAGAGCUCAAGAAGAGCCGCGAAGAGCAAGUGCAGAAGAAGAAAAAGAUCCUAAAGGAGCUGCAGAAGGUGGAGCGGCAGCUACAGCUCAAGACCCAGCAGCAGUUCACCAAAGAGUACAUGGAGGCCAAGGGGCUGAAGGAGGACUCUGGGCAGCUGCCCCCGCAGGGUUCGGACACGGAGGAGGCCGAGCCGGGGCGGGAGGAGGAAGAGGAGGAGGACUUCUCCAAGCUGCCGCAGGUGGACACCAUCUUGUACAGGGACGUUCAGCAGCCGCCUCCCCCUCCCCCACCGCAGCAGCAAGGCCCCCCUGCUCCCGUUCAGACGGGCUUCGUCCCCAUCCAGCCUCUGGCCUCCCAGCAGUCCACCGAUUUCACCAGUAGCGCCGACUGCCCCGGCAGCGGCCCCGACCUGCAGAGGGUGUUGGUUAGCCAGCAGCAGCAGCAGCUGGCGGGGCUGGGACCGGGCCUCUUGGCCCAGGCUCCAGAUGGCUUAAUGGUGGCCACGCCAGCUCAGACGCUCACUGACACCCUAGAUGACAUAAUGGCAGCGGUGAGCAGCCGAGUGCCCAUGUUGAACACUACUCCCUCGCCCACGCCUCAGCCCCCAGCCCAGACGCCCAGCAGCGCCGUCUCCCCUCCGUCGAUGCUGCCUCUCUACCCGUCAGUGGACAUAGACGCGCAUACGGAAAGCAACCACGACACUGCACUGACGCUGGCCUGUGCAGGAGGACACGAAGAGCUGGUGUCGGUGUUAAUAGCGCGCGGGGCCAACAUUGAGCACAGAGACAAGAAGGGCUUCACUCCGCUCAUCCUGGCCGCCACAGCAGGACACGUGGGCGUGGUGGAGAUCCUGCUGGACAAAGGAGGAGACAUCGAGGCCCAGUCAGAGCGAACCAAAGACACGCCGCUCUCUCUGGCCUGCUCUGGAGGGAGGCAAGAGGUUGUGGAGUUGCUGCUGUUGCGUGGUGCCAAUAAAGAGCAUCGCAAUGUCUCCGACUACACACCGCUGAGCCUGGCCGCCUCUGGGGGCUAUGUCAACAUCAUCAAGAUCCUCCUCAACGCCGGGGCGGAGAUCAACUCAAGGACUGGGAGCAAGCUUGGAAUUUCUCCACUGAUGCUGGCUGCCAUGAAUGGGCAUGUGCCUGCAGUGAAGUUACUGCUGGACAUGGGCUCGGACAUCAAUGCCCAGAUCGAGACCAACCGCAACACAGCCCUAACCCUUGCCUGCUUUCAAGGCAGAGCAGAGGUGGUCAGCUUGCUGCUGGACAGGAAGGCAAAUGUGGAGCACAGGGCCAAGACUGGCUUGACCCCGUUGAUGGAGGCUGCAUCAGGAGGCUAUGCAGAGGUGGGCAGAGUCCUGCUGGACAAAGGAGCCGAUGUCAACGCACCACCAGUGCCUUCGUCAAGGGACACAGCUUUAACUAUCGCUGCCGACAAGGGACAUUACAAGUUCUGUGAGCUUCUCAUCAACAGAGGGGCUCAUAUUGACGUACGCAACAAGAAGGGGAACACGCCUCUCUGGCUGGCUGCUAACGGCGGUCACUUCGACGUUGUCCAGCUGCUGGUCCAGGCUGGUGCGGACGUGGACGCUGCCGACAACAGGAAGAUCACUCCGCUCAUGGCUGCUUUCCGCAAGGGCCACGUGAAAGUCGUCCAGUAUCUUGUGAAAGAAGUUAAUCAGUUCCCUUCCGACAUCGAGUGCAUGAGAUAUAUUGCCACCAUUGCCGACAAGGAGCUGUUGAAGAAAUGCCACCAGUGCAUGGAAACCAUUGUAAAAGCCAAAGACCAACAAGCUGCAGAAGCAAAUAAGAAUGCUAGCAUCCUGUUAAAGGAGCUGGACUUGGAAAAGUCCCGGGAGGAGAGCAAGAAGCAGGCCCUGGCCGCCAAGAGGGAGAAGCGCAAAGAGAAGCGCAAGAAGAAGAAGGAGGAGCAGAAGAGGAAGCAGGAGGAGGAGGAAGCUAAAACGAAGGAGGUUUCGGAAAUGCAAGAUACCGAAAAGGAUUCUGCUGAAGAACCUGAAGUUCCCAUAGAGCCUCCAAGCGCAACCACCACCACCACCAUUGGGAUUUCGGCCACCUCCGCCACCUUCACCAGCGCCUUCGGCAAGAAGAGAGCCGGCGUGGUGACGACGCCGAGCACCAACCGCAAGAACAAGAAGAACAAGACCCGGGACACCUCCCAGAACGCUCAGAUCAUCCUCCAGGACCCGCAGAUGUCGCUAGCGCAGCAGAAAGCGGACAAAAACAAAAUCCAGGGGGAGCCGAGAGGCGGCGGGGCUGGAGGUAACAGCGACUCCGACAACCUGGACAGCACGGACUGCAACAGCGAGAGCAGCAGCGGCAGCAAGAGCCAGGAGCUCAACUACCUGCCCGACCUGCCCUCCGCCGCCGCCGACAAGAGGCAGUGCCCCGCGCAGCACGCCCUGCAGAGAGAGGACAAGGUCACCGUCUCCAUCUCCAAGUCGCAGCCAAAAAUGCAAGAAGGCAUCAAUGACGUGACUCCCAGUUCACUACCUUCUACAUUAAAGACUAUUUCACUGCCAGUAUCCUCGCCCAAUGGUAAAAUGAACCUGACCAGCCCCAAAAGAGGCCCAAAGAGAGAAGAGGGCUGGAAGGAAGUUGUCAGGAGAUCUAAGAAGUUGUCGGUUCCUGCCUCAGUUGUGUCCAGGAUCAUGGGGAGAGGCGGAUGUAACAUCACUGCCAUUCAGGACGUCACUGGAGCCCACAUAGACGUGGACAAGCAGAAGGACAAGAAUGGCGAGAGAAUGAUCACCAUCAGAGGAGGAACCGAGUCCACGAGGCACGCUGUGCAGCUCAUCAACGCCCUGAUUCAAGACCCUGCCAAGGAGCUGGAGGACCUGAUUCCCCGGAAUCACAUCCGCACGCCUGCUGCCAACACCAAGAUCGGCUCCACCUUCACCACCUCCACCGGCGCCACCAGCACCACUGCCGCUGGCAACAAGGCCCUGGUGUCGGUGGUGCCUUCCUCCUCCGUGGCGUUCCAGCCUUCCUCGCCCUCCACGUCACAGCCUGGCAGCAAGCUCGCCAAGAACCUCUCGGCCACCGUUCGCCCGCCUUUCCCGGUCUCUCUCCCCCUGGCCUACGCCCAUCCUCAGCUGGCCCUGCUGGCCGCGCAGACUAUGCACCAAAUCAGACACCCCCGCCUGCCCAUGGCCCAGUUCGGCGGCACCUUCUCCCCUUCCCCGAACACGUGGGGCCCCUUCCCCGUGCGGCCCGUGAGUCCUGGGAGCACCAACAGCUCCCCCAAACACAACGGCAGCGGUGCCAUCCGCCCCGGAACCUCCCACGUGGAGUACGCUGGCAGUGCGCUGCCCCCCUCCGUCACCGCCUCCCCUCCCUCCAGCACCUCGCAGCCCCCCGCCUGCCUCACCAACAGCCCCACCCCCUCCUCGGUCCGGAAGCAGCUGUUCAGCGCCGACCCCAAGACCAGCAGCGCGACCUCCGUCACCGCCACCGUCACGAGCGUCUGCAGCACGCGGCCGGCCAGCUCCCCCGCCCCUCUGCACAUGGGCGGCGCCUCGGACAGCAGCAACGUGGGGGCCGGCGGGGCCUUCUGUUCCGCGGCCUCCUCGAUGUCCUCGCUCCAGCCCCCCGCGGGCGCGGCCGAGGCCCGGCAGCAGCAGCAGCUGCCGAUGCCCUACAGCUCGGGCGCGGAGCCAGCGGCCCCUUCCAGCCUGGCUGCCACGCGCCCCGUCGCCAUGUGCUCCAGCACCGUGACUCACACCAGCAACACUUUACCUCACUUCGCCGCCCCCGCCCCCCGGGUCUCUCCCCGCAUGCAGCCUGGCGCCCCCUUCUACUCCAUGGUCCCGGGCAGCUCCAUGCAGCAGGAGCAGCAGUCCGUGUUCGUGCCUCCGGCCCAGACGCAGGAGGCCAUGAAACAGCCAGGCAUGCCGCCCUCCCUGCAGCUCUCCUCGACCAUCAGCAUGAUGAACGGGUCCCAGAUGCACAUCAACCACGGCAACAAGGCCCUGCCGCCCAACUUCGGCCCCGCAGCACUUUUCAAUCAUUUCAGCAGCAUUUUCGACAGCAGCCAGGUCAGCAACAAUCAGGUGUGGGGCGCCUGCCACCUGCCCACGAGAACCCCCCCUGACCAGGCCUACAGCGCUCAGGCCACAUACAUGAGCAACAUGGCGCAGCUGGAGAACGUGCUUCCCCCAGACGGCUCCAAGGCUCCUGGCUUCCGCUCCGCGUCCCAGAGGAUUGUCACCAGUCCGAUCGGAAUGCAUGCUCUAGACCCUUCUGGCAAUUCUAUCUCUUCCUCUUCUACGCCACUGACAAGCUUUGCUACAAGCAUAUCAGGGAGCCCAGUCUUUUUACAAGGCCCAGCUCCUGUAGGGACUCCCAGCUUCAGUAGACAGCAUUUCUCACCACAUCCUUGGAGUGCUUCAACCUCAUGCGAGUCCCCCGUGCCCUCCGUGUCCUCCGGAGCCUCCUCCCCGCUGUCGGCCUCCUCCGCCGCCCCCGCGCUCAACCAGGCCAAGGCCAGCAGCUCCAGCCAGGACCGCAAGGUGCCCCCCCCCAUCGGCACAGAGCGGCUGGCGCGCAUCCGGCAGACCGGCGCCGUCAACCCCGCGCUGCUCACCACCAGCUACACCGCGCCCGUCGGCCAGGGGGGCAUCUGGUCCUUUGGGGUUGGCAGCGCCUCAGAGGCAAUGUCGGGAUGGUCUCAGCCCCUCAUGAGCAACCACAUGAUGCAUCAGCAGCUGUCGGACCAGUCUGCUUUCUCCCAGCAUCAGCCCAUGGAAAGAGACGAUACUGGAAUCGUGGCUCCCUCCAACACCUUCCACCAACAGCCCAUGCCCAGCAACUUCAUGGACUUCCCCAAGGGUUUGCCGAUGUCCAUGUACGGUGGGACCAUGAUUCCGCCUCACCCCCCCAUGGCUGAAGGCCCGGGGGGGCCGCUGUACAACGGACUCCACACUGCCGACCCCGCCUGGAACCCCAUCUUAAAAGUCGUCCCUAAUUCUGCAGAGAACUCAGACCCCCAGCAGGUCUGGCCUGGUACUUGGGCACCACAUAUUGGAAACGUGCAUCUGAACCAUGUUAACUAAAAAGAUUGAGGCAUAACGAAAUUGAAAUUGAGAUGUUAAACUUGUAGUGUCCUAAAGUUAAAAUUGGAAGGAUGGACACCAUUUUUGAUGUGCCUAACUAAAAUUUCUGUGUGGGCUGUUACUUCUAUUUACCACUGUCUAUGAACAAAUGGAUUGCCUGUACAACAGGAUACAUUCUCUGCUUAGUUUAGCCAUUUUGACUUUAAACCCACAUAAACUGUUCUUGGGCUGUUGGCUCAACAGUACUGUAAGCUAUUUAUAUGCAGCCAAGAACUAGAUGAUUACAUAAAGAUAAAUCAGACCUUUUAGAGUGGUAAAUACAUGUAUAAUUGUUUACAUACUAAAAAGGGUUAAAAUGAGAGUAAAUUUCAUGUCGUAUAGUGGCUCUACUUUAUGUAGCCUGUAUUAAUGUGAAAUAUUUACCUUAAUAUUCAAUAAAAAGAUGGAACUGUAA